UCACUUGCUGAUCGCAAAUAUCCUGAAUUAAUGCAAUUUUAUCUUAUUGAUUUUGUUACUUAUUAUUACUUAGACCAAGCAAAAGUAGCAGACGCAGGUUCAAUAUAUCGUACUACAAAUGAAGAAGAGGAGGAAAUCGUCCGGAAAGCUUUUGAUAGAGCUUUUCAAGAUCCAAGUGACCUUUCGGAAAGUAAAAAUUCAGAGGUGAAUUUCUGGAAUGACAUUGAACACAGAAUGGCUGAUAUAUCGCACGAGCUUAAGAAAAGUCUUACAGAUAGCGAGAUGACUGAAAGGAUCAACAAGUACUUGGAUGGAGAAAAAGUGAUAACACAAGAGGGUUCAGUUAAAUGUAUGUUUGCUUUCGAUGAAGCUCGUACUCUAGUUAAUAAGAAGGUUGAAAAUGAGACCUUGUUCUACCAUGUUCGACGUGCUUUAAACCUUCUACCCAAAAAGGCAAGAAUUUUUACAAUCUUUACGGACACACACUCAAAUAUUUCGAACUUCUCGCCUGUUGCCUACCUCGAUCCAUCCAAAAGAGUUGCGGAAAAAGG